ACUGCGUAGGGCGGCAACAUGGCGGCAUCGGGAGCCGGCGACCCGCGUGAGGCCAAGAGUAAACAGGCCCCGUUCGCUCAGCGCAUCGACCCGAGUCGAGAUAAACUGAGUCCUGCGCAACUGCAUUUCAUGCGGCAGGUGCAGCUAGCUCAGUGGCAGAAGACGCUGCCGCAGCGUCGUACCCGGAACAUCUUGACUGGCCUGGGCAUCGGGGCCGUGGUGUUAGCCAUUUAUGGCUACACCUUCUACUCCGUGUCCCAGGAGCGUUUCCUGGAUGAGCUGGAGGAUGAGGCCAAAGCCGCACGCGCCCGAGCUCUGGCCAGGGCAUCGGGACCCUGACCCGGGUGGGCCCGGCGCAUCUGCAGCCUGCUGGAGUCCCUUCUCGCGCCCCCGUGGACACCGAAGCCCGCUCCCAGCGCUGCUGGCCUGCCCACCACCCUUGGGUUGGCAUGGAGUCAGAGACUUGGACCUGGGAAACCCCGCGGUCCUCACUGCUGUGUGCACUCACUGAGCCCUUCUGGCCAUGUGUUUCCUUGUUUGAGAGGUGUGUGACCUUGGUUUUUCUCAGACGUUUCAGGCUUUGUAGUUUACCCGUCUUGGCCUCCCAGGGGCCCAGCUGUUACCGGGGAGGGUGUGGCAGCUCUGCCCCUGAGCUGCAGCCCAAAGUGGGAGAGGUGGGGUCAGGUGAACCAUAAUAAACUGAAUCAUCUCCCGGA